AUGUCUUCCCAAAGCUACAGAUCCACCCGCUCAGCCGCCGACCAGGCCGUCUCUUUUGAGGAGGCCGUCAUGACCGGCUUGGCACGUGACGGCGGGCUUUUCAUUCCAUCCCAAAUCCCCAAACUUCCCGAAGAUUUCAUCUCCAAAUGGAAAGACCUCAGUUUCCAGGAACUCGCCUACGAGAUCAUGAGCCACUACAUCAGCAGCUCGGAAAUCUCGGGCCCGGAGCUUAAGGACUUGGUCGACCGUUCGUACAGCACGUUCCGCGCCAAGGAUGUCACUCCAGUUAAGGUUUUGGAUGAAAGCAAAGGCUUGUACUUGUUGGAGCUUUUCCACGGCCCUACGUAUGCAUUCAAGGAUGUUGCAUUGCAGUUUGUGGGAAACUUGUUUGAGUUCUUCUUGAAGAGAAGAAACGCCGGCAUCGAGGACCCUGCCAAGAGAGAGAACAUCACCGUCGUGGGUGCUACUUCCGGUGACACCGGCUCUGCUGCCAUCUAUGGUUUGCGCGGCAAGAAGGAUGUAAGUGUUUUCAUUUUGUACCCCACCGGCCGUAUUUCGCCUAUCCAGGAGCAACAGAUGACCACCGUAGAGGACCCUAACGUCCACACCUUAUCUGUGAACGGUACGUUCGACAACUGUCAGGACAUUGUCAAGAUGAUCUUCGGCGACAAGGAGUUCAACGAGAAACACCACGUUGCUGCGGUCAAUUCCAUCAACUGGGCCCGUAUCUUGGCCCAGAUCACCUACUACUUCUACUCGUACUUCCAAGUGCUCAAGGCCGAGAACAACGACGCUGCAAAGAUCAGAUUCGUGGUGCCUUCCGGUAACUUCGGUGACAUUCUUGCCGGCUACUACGCCAAGAAGAUGGGCUUGCCUGCUGACAAGUUGAUCAUCGCUACCAACGAGAACGAUAUCUUGGACCGUUUCUUGAAGACCGGUCGUUACGAGUCCAGCGGUGACGUCAAGGCUACCUUCUCGCCUGCCAUGGACAUUCUCAUCUCUUCCAACUUCGAGAGAUUGUUGUGGUACCUUGUCAGAGACAACAUGACCAACGGCGAUGACGCCAAGGCUGGUGAGACUUUGAACGAGUGGAUGGUCCAGUUGAAGACCACUCACUCUGUUGUUGCUCCAGAGAGUGUCACUGCUGCUGCUAGAGUCGACUUCGACUCCGAAAGAGUCGAUGACGAGGCUACCAUCCAAACCAUCAAGGCAGUUUACAGCGCUACGCCCGACAACUACGUCUUGGACCCUCACACCGCCGUCGGUAUCGCUACCACUUUCAGAUUUGUCGCCAAAGACAAGCAAGAAGGUGUCACCGACCUCAAAUACAUCACCUUGUCAACUGCACACCCUGCCAAGUUUUCUGAGGUUGUCAACAAGGCUUUGCUGAGCUUCCCAGAGUACUGUUUCGAUGACGAUGUGCUCAAUGACGAUUUGAGAUCCUUGGCCACCAAGGAGAAGAGAAUCUUGUUGAUUGAUGAGGCAUGCAAGGAGAAGGUGAAGAAGGCUAUUGAGGAGGAGUUGGCCAAGGAGUCGAAGGCUUAA